AUGGCAGUUGAAGACCCACCAAACUGGUUUGGCCGUUUCCUCCUCCUCUCAGGCUUCAUAUUCCUCCUCCACUCGGGAUACUCUGCUAUCGAACAUCUCGCAUACCUAAAAUCAAUAUCCAAACAAGAAUCAUGGCUCCCAAUUGAUAUUUUAUUAGAAUGCAUACUCUCACUCGGCCUCUGCAUACUCGCAUCAGUCAUGGUGUCGGGCACAUUGCGGCCGAUACAAUUGGAAGCUGAAUUGUCUAAAAAGCCAAUGGACCAUCUGGAUCAUUUAUCGUCGUUUAGAACCAUGCAUCAUCGUGGGAAGGUGCUGUUCAAGUCGUCGUGA